AAACUACGGGUAGGACUCUUCGACUGUUUUCUCGUAUGUACCGUGCGGUGCGGUACCGUCCAGAAGAAGGAAAGCGGUGAAAAGGACAACAAGUGUCUGAAGCAGCAGAGCACCCAGCCACUGGCACCGUCGUGUACCGAGGUUGUGUUCGCUCAUGCCAUUGUCAACGAGUGAAUUUCAAGAGAUGUUUGGACCACAGUCUAGAAUAUUGAGGAGCACGGACAGCAUCCCGGAAAUCGUGUUGCCAUCACAGCCCGGCAAAGAUGACAGCGGUGGUGGUGGAGGUGGAGGUGGCGGAGUCGGCAUUGCGGCCGGAGGUAAUGCCAAAACACAGGCAACACCAAGUCCAGCGACGGCCAGCACUGCUGUUGCUACUGCCGCCGCACCUGCUGGCACUGGCAGCCAAUCCCCGAGUGGCAUAAGCUCCUUAUUAUCAUCUAGAUCAACUGUUCCCACAGCCGUGCAUUCAUCGGCCAGUGUGCUGGGAAACAAAAAGCAACCUCCAUCCAGUCAACAGAUAAGGACCAACACCACGUUGGUAACAGAAAGCUUGGGUCCCAAAGUGGAACGUAGUGUCUCAGCCUCACUGAUAGCCCCAGCCAAUAGGGCCAAGGAGUCAGGUCCUGUUAGGUCAGAACAGCGUCAUCAAGGUCUACGCGCAGGGAGUGUAAUCGCAAGGGUGACCGAUCAGCAAUUUGCGCUACCCACUGCUGCUCUCUCAGGAACAACGCAUCAACCGUCCCUGCGGGAUCUUGCUAAACCUCGUCCAGGAGCUACAUCAACACAUGGUUCCACUAUUGCUGCAAUGACCAACACAACAUUCACAACAACAAAGACAGUGCCAACACAAAGGCAUCCGCAGUCUCAUCCACCAACCAUUACUGCUGGCUCACACAACACAUCCAAGCAGCCUGUCGGAAAGACUCCACUAACGUUGACAUCAGUGAGCUUACCUGCUCAAUCCACACAGGCCUACUCGACGGUAGGGGCUACAUCGGCCAUUUCCCAUAGCAGGUACAAUGCCCAGUCGCAAGCGACAUCAAGAAAAAACACUGGUAGCGUCGGCAGUGUUAGUAGCGCCAGUGCUGAUCUUACAUCAAGAGGCAGCCGUCGCAAGGACAAGGGAUACCUGGCGUAUGUAUGCGGAUGGGACAACUGCGACUUUCAGUACGAGGACGUGGACAGCUUGACGCAGCACGUCAUCGGCACCCGGCCAGGCUGUCAUUUCUCACCAGACCAAUCGUGUACAUAUGAAGAGCUGAGGUGUCGCUGGCUAUACUGCGUCAAGGCCCAUGAAAGGCAUCGAACACCUAAUGACUUGAUGAGACAUCUGCGUCUACAGCACUUGCCCCAUGCAGCGAAGUUCAUUGCGGAGGAUUUCAAAUCAAAAAACUUUGUCCCAGUGAACCCUCUCAAAAGCGAUGUAAGCCAGACUGCUGCUGCACGUACCCAAAAGCACAAGACGACACCAGUGCAGCAGAAGCAGCAGGCGCGAGCAUUGAAACAACAGGCAGCAGUGCCAAUGCGAGAAGCAACAACACCGGCAGCCAAGAACACCAGUCUACAGGAGGCACGUGUGCCAGUGCCAUUGUCGGCGACGGCAGCCUCAACACCACCCACCAGGUUGACAUCUACAGACAAGAGUGAACGCUUCGUAUCUUUGGUGGACUACCGCGACACUACGGGAGAGAUCAGCGACAGUGGUGGAAAGGGCAGAGUGACAGUAGUUCCAAUUGAUUACAAUCACGGUCAGCAGCUAACGUCCGCUUCUCCGUACAUCCUUUCACAAACACUAUCCCAAGACCAUUCGCGGGACUUGUCUACACCAGCGAAGACCCAGCAGAACAUCCAUGCAUCAUCCUCUUCAAAGGACAACCUGUCUUCUUCUGCAGUAGCAGUUUUGUCGGGCCUGGAUCCGUCCCAACAAUCUAGCUCGGUGUUGGCAAGCUCAGCUUUGAAACAUCAACUUGACCAAGCGCGAAUGACACAAACGACAACUAAUGUCACUCCGGCAGCAGCGACUAAAGGAAAUGUGCAGGGCCCAUCACCACCUGCUGGGUCAAAUCUACCGCUUGCUGCACCACUGUGGCAACAGGGAAUGGCGAUUGCUUCGACUGAGGGUGUGAAUCUUCUUCCAGAGGAGGGUUCAGACUCCGACGGUAUUAGUAACCUGCCUCUGGAGAGUCCUGUGAACGAUGCAGACCUCCUUGGUGACUACGAUGCAGACCUCCUUGGUGACUACGCAGACUCAUCAGACCAAGCUGGCUCAGAAGAUUCCAGCUGUCUCAGCAAUACACUUGUUUCCAGUCAUGGCGUUGUAGGUUGCAGAAUUGCUGAUGAGGACUGUAUGCGUACACCAAAGCUGGGACAGAUACUUGUUGAGCACUCCUACAAUGAAGUACGCCUUGACCAACUGCUGCCAGCAGCAGCUGAGGAGGCAGGACAAUAUCAGGGAGCAACACCAGCAACACAUGCACCGCUGUUAGAAGAAGAGCAGUCAGAACGGGAAGCACACACAUUGGAACACAAGCAACAAGAAAGCCAGACCGAAGCUGGUGCACCACCUAAGUUACAGUCAAAGCCGAGCUCGAAAAAGCAGCCCCAGCAGCCGAAGACUCAGGAGCAACAUAAAAAGCCUGCGGGGAAAAAAUGGACUCCGAAAAAGAAGCCAAGUGGGACGGCAAGUUCGCCGUUUAAAAUGGUGACACUCCUGCCUGGUCUUGAUGUUCCAGAAGAAAGCAUUGUGGACACCACAGGAACAUGCAAGCGUUAUCGCUGCGUUAUAUGCCCAGCAUACAAGUACAUGUCGCAGAUGAAAAGGAGAGAUGCACCGGUACCGAUUCUGACAACCAGCGGUGAAGUACGCAUUGCCUUCUGCACGAUGCGUUGCAGAUCCAGGUUCUGCGUGCAGCACGCGGAUUUGCCGUACGGCGGAAAGAUACAUCCAUUGCAGCGUAUCUCUGUUCAGCAGCGGAGCGCAAUCGAAAAGGAGCUGUCAGAAUACGACCCUGGGAUGACAUCCGCACAAACAUCAAUGUCUGACGAAGGUAGUCCCUUGUUGCAACCAUACCAUGUUACAUCAGCACCUACAGCUGCUGGAACAAAGAAGUUUGAUUGGGUGUCGUAUCUCCAGGAGACAAACUCUGUGGCUGCUCCAGAGUACUGCUUCCUCGAGCGUCAUCUCCCCCAGCGCAAUAUGUUCGAUGUGGAUAUGAAGGUAGAGCUAGCGUGUGACAUCACCCAAUCACCCAGCAAUGCCUACUUGAUGACAGUGACACAAGUGAUGGGUAUGCGCGCGAAGCUGUCUUAUGAUGGUUGCCCAGAUGCUCCCUGUGAGGUGCGCAGCAUCGACUCCACUGAUAUAUUCCCGCUCGGAUGGUGCUCCGCACAGGGUGGACAAAUAGUUGCUCAUCCAGAUUGCCCAACAUCAAUCUCACAAAACUGGGCGGAAUUCUUGGAGAAGACCCUGGCAAAGGCAGUUGGUGUUCCGGACGGUUAUUUCCCAAUGAAGCCGUCUCGAUCUGUCCCCGAGUACCUACCGGGUCACAAGUUGGAGAUAUCGUUGGCAGAGGAUGGUCAGACCCGGUACUGUGUGGCCACUGUGGCUGAAGUGUUAUCCACCAGUGUCAUUAUUCAUCUAGAUGGUUAUGAGGACGACAGUACACAUUACCACAGCUUGCCACGUGAUACCACACAGCUGCAUCCGGUCGGCUAUUGUAACGAGCGGGAUCUCAAGCUUUGUCCUCCAAAAGAUGGUGUGCCUGGUGGGAUGUCGUUUGUCACAGGUGUAACCGAUGAAGUGUUCGACUGGGACAGUUAUCUCCAGUUCACUGGGGCUGUGGCUGCACCAAGAGACCUGUUCCGUACCACUAAUAACCUCUUCCUUCCCGGCAUGAAACUUGAAGCUGUCGACAAUCGUAAUCCACAUAUGAUCUGCGUAGCGACCGUGGCUGAGGUUCAGGACGAUACUAUCAAGGUGCACUUUGACGGCUGGUCAGAGAAAUUCGAUCUUGUGGUGAAGAAGGACGACGAGAAUGUCUUCCCAGUUGGCUGGUGUGCAAAGUAUGGCCAUGCUGUGCAGCCACCUCUUGAAAGAGGUGCUCUUGGCAAGCACGUCAGAUCACUGUCAGCUGAUGCAACACCGCUCACCCCUACAUCAUAUAACCUAGGCGGCAAGAGGAGGAAACGCAGUGAAGCUGGUGCUGGUGCUAGUGCCGGAGAGCCGCUCAGCAAGCGUAGACUCAGCACACCCGCUGCUCCUAAGGGUGCGACUCCUCGGGCUGUGUUUAACAUUGAAUGCGAUCAUGGCCCAUUCCUGGAUCCACGCAAAGUGAAGGCUCUCCCUCAUGAGGUUUCAGGAUCCUCUGUGGCUGUUGUGCUCCAACGAACACUACAGCACCUGAUCAACGCUAGCCUGGAUCGGAGAAGCGUCUUUGACUUGGUGAGGCCGGGCCACAGCACUGCUAUCGUGCAGUGUGUCCUCCCAAAUGGGGAACGUCUUCUGAAGCACUUGCAGAUCGUUGAUCGCAACAAUAUUCUCUGGGGCAUUAUCAAAGGGAUGCUGAACAAACUGCAGUGCUGCGAGCGCUUCAUCACUGCACGCAACGUACAAGGCCAGUGUGUGCGAUGCACAACUGCCGAUGAGAUAGGUUUGUCGGCUACAUCAAGUGGAGGACACCCAGGUCAAGCUGGAGCAUAUGAUGCUGCAUCGGUGUCCGGCACUCCUGUCGAGCAACACUAUUCAUUGGAUGGUCCCUGGCUCAGUGCAAAUGGUUCCGCACACAGCGUCUCCAAAAGAGAAGCUGAUGGCAUAUCACCAUUGCCACAGACAUACAACCCAAACCGUCCAGUGGUUACUAGCAGUGCAGGGGGUUCUGUCCUGCUCAACUCUCACUCUAGCAUGGGUAGUGAUGCAGGUCUAUUCAACAAUCCGAAGAUUGAGCACCUUGCCAACAAGAAUCCCAAGACAUGGACAGUUGAUGAUGUGAAAUCUUACUUCGAGAAUUCCGAAUGCUCCAGCCAUGUGUCAACACUUGUGGAUCAGGAAAUUGAUGGUAAUGCUAUGCUACUACUCACACCAGACACACUGGUGCGCUUCAUGGGAUUGCGUCUCGGCCCAUCACUGAAGAUCUGUGGACGUGUAGACGGCUUGAAAACAAAGUGGGGUAUUCAUUGACCCCAGUGUGACGCCAUCAGCGGUGUGUUUGUCGGCGUGCAUGCACGUGUUUGUGUACGUGUAUAGAAGUGUGUGUGUGUGUGUGUGUGUGUGUGUGUGUGUGUGUGUGUGUGUGUGUGUAGAAGUGUGUGUACGCGUGUGUGCGUGUGUGUGUGUGUGUGUGUGUGCGUCCAUAGAUUCAUGAGUCACGUAACCAUACUGGAAUUGGCCAUUUCUUUCAUGCACAAAAGUCCAAAAUAAUCAAGCAUCAAUACAAUGGAAAAGUGGUGUGGCAUUGCAAGUAGUUAAUUUGCAUCACACAACCCCUAGUAUAUUAUCAUGCUCACUUUCUUACGCUGUCGCCGUCUAGUUGUAUGAUCCCAAUAUUACAGCCUGCUUUUCAUCAGCUUGCCGUAUCACACAUGAUCUUGAGUGCUACCUGGCUGGCAUGCAAAAUCCUUUGUGUGUGUGUGUGUGUGUGUGUGUGUGUGUGUGUGUGUGUGUGUGUGUGCGCGUGUGUGUGUGCGUGUGUGUGUGCGUGUGUGUGUGUGUGUGUGCGUGUGUGUGCAUAUAUGUGUGUGUGCAUAUGUGUGCAUCUACCCAUGUAACAACAGUUGUGUUGUCGUAUGUUUGCUCUGUGCUGAUGUGGUUCCCCCUUUCUUCUCACAUUCUCAUCCUUAGUCUUAGGUUUUUAGCUACUAAUGUCUGGCAUGUUGCUGCUUCCAUUGCUGCUGAUGCCGAUGCUGCUACUCUGUGUGGUGAUAUACGACGCGCGCUGAUGAUACCACGCAUUUGGCACAAUGAAAAUAAUGCUCUAGAAACAGAAGCCUGUGCCUUUA